AUGGGACACGGUGGUAUGAGUUGUGGAAUGAAAACAAUGCGAUUUGUGAUGGUUGCAUUUAAUAUCAUCUUUUUCUUAAUUGGUCUUGCACUUAUCGCAGUUGGAAUAUAUGUCUUAGCUGAUCCAUCACUUCAAAAAAUAAAGAAAAUAUUUCCAAUUGAUGGCAAUCCUGAACUUGAGCAAGGUUUAUCAUAUCUUACAGUAAUUGCAAUUGUUAUUCUUGUUCUUGGUGGUGUGCUUUUAAUAAUUGGAUUUCUUGGAUGUUGUGGUGCUAUGAAACAAGUGAAAAUAUUUUUAAUACUUUAUGGUAUUAUUAUUGGAAUAAUCAUACUUUUCGAAGUAGCAAUAACAAUUUAUUUUGUUGCUUUUAAAUCGAAAUUUGAAGAUCAAAUAAAACCAAAAUUAAAAGACGCUCUUCAAAAUACAUAUGAAGGUCCAUUGGGUUUAAUAAGUAAUACAAAUGUAUCAAAACCAUCAGGAAUUUCAAUUGCGUGGGAUUUUAUUAUGUAUAAUUUUCAAUGUUGUGGUGUUUAUAAUAGAAGUGAUUUUGAUGGAACAAAAAAAUGGAAUCGAACAAAUAUAUGGGCAAAUGCAUCAUUAGGAAAUUCAACGAAUUUCAAAUAUCCAUUAACAUGCUGUAAUAUGGGUAAUGUUUUUACAACGAAUUGGAAUGAUUUUAAUUCUGCUCAAUUACAAUCGGCUGCUACUUGUGCUAUGACGGGAAAUAAUACUUAUACAAUAGGUUGUUAUGAUAAAUUUAUGGAUUUAAUAAAUACUGCCAAGACAUGGAUUAUUAUCGGAGCAGUUCUUAUUCUUGUUAUUGAAUUAGCGGCAUUUAUCUUUGCAAUGGCUUUAUGUUGUCGUAAGAGAAAGGAUACGAUGUAUUAUUCAAAUUAA